GGAGGCCCCUGUAGACGGCGGCCCCAGGUCAGCCCCCUGCGCAGCGCGGGAAAGCCCAGCCUCUUCCCUGGGGCUUGAUGGAGAGGCAGAGCCGGGAGCGUGGAGGGGACUACGGGAGCGCCACCUUCAGGGCUGACUCUGAGCACUUGUUUUUUCUAAGCCCCUGCUGUCAGCUAGCAAACAUGAAGCUCUGUAAAAAUAUGUCUUUGGGGAAGUGGUGAUGGGGUUAAGAGGAAGUGAGCAGGCUGAUUUUGUGCAACUCUGCAGGCUGCCGUGGGGUGGGAGAGAGCCCUGGGCAGAAGCCGCCACCUUUCGCCUGCCUGGCAUCCUGUCUCAGCUGCUCGUCGACCAGUUCUAGGGCUCCAGAGGUCUUUUUCCUGGGCUCCUGCUAACACUGCGUCUUGCUGUUUUUGUAGGCCGGCGGCUGGGGUUUUCUAGGCUUUUCGGAGAAGCUGCAAAGGAUCAGACGAAUCAUCUCUCCUGCCAGCCUCUCAGAUGGUUAAGCAGAAUCGCAAGGACAAGGUUGCACUCUUGUAGUUGAGCCCCGUUGCAUCAGCCCCAACUAGGCCCCAGGCCAGGGUUUGGGACAGAUGAGGCCUUUCCCUUUCCCCUCCAGUCACUCUUCCCGUGAUUUAAGCCAGUGGUUUCUCCCAGACCUUUGCUUCCCUAAUGGAGUUCAGGUUCUUUUAGUAGAAUUUUAAAAUUUAUUUUUAAUUAAAAAAAAAUAGAGAUGGGGUGUCUCACUAUGUUGGCCAGGUUGGUCUUGAACUCCUGCUCAAGCAAUCCUCUCACCUCAGCCUCCUGAAAUGCUAGGGUUACAGGCUGAGCCACCACACAACCAGCCUCUUCUAGUAGAAUUGAAAAAGCCAUGGCCUUUCUUUUAGGUGGGAAAUUCUCCUGAACCACAGUUAAUUUAUAUAUCUUUUUAUUAAAAGAAAAAACUGGCACCUUGAUCUAAUGAAAAUGGUUUCCUUUCUGGCCCAGAGCACCCCAGACUUACCAGCAGCCUGCUCAUGCAAUCAUCUGUUUGGUCCUGCCAUCUCUUCCUAGCUCAGAGCAGCUGCCAAAUCUACAUUAUACUUGUGCUUUGUGCCCAUAGUCUUGGUGGCUACUUUCUUUUUUAGAUCUGAGACUACUUUUAAUCGCUACUGAUUUUGAUAGCAUGGUAACAUCAAACCCGUGGACUCCUUGUACUUUUGAAAGCUUUGUGUAGUUCAUUUGCUCAUUUACUUACUGAGAGCUGGUGUUCGGAAUCUGGGCUCUGAAGCAGAAGCCUGGGUUUGAAUGCUGGCUUUGCCACUGCCCAGCUUACAACUUUGGGCAGUUAUUUAACCCUGCCAAGCCUCAACUUGCUCAGCAUAGCGAUAGUAUCUAUUUCAUUAGGGAGCAUUGAAUGAGUCUGUGCAUAUAAGCUGCUUAACACCUAGUAGUUGGUAUGAUGGAGAGUACUUUAGAGUCCUUGCUGAUUUAUUGUUUCCUUAUAUACCCAGUGCCAAGUUUAUGCCACCUGAUUCACUGAAGUGCCUUCCUAUUCAUUCAUCGAAAAGGUACUGAGCACCUACGAUCUGCCAGGCAUCAUAGCAGGGGCUAGAAACGCAGAAAUGGAAAGUGGUGGUCCCUGUCCUCCAGGAACUUACAGGCGAAGUGAGGAGGUCAUAUACACACAGCACAGGGGCGUCUCAGGGGAGAGGCGAAGUCUGGGAAGUUGUCUUCAAGGUCCUGUUGGGGAACAGUCUUGAAGGAGAAGUAUUUGUUUUCUAGGUGGACUUGGGGGAGAAGGGUCCUGCAAACCAGGCAGAGUGUGGGCACAGGGGAGAGGAAGUGAAAGAGGAUGACUCUGAGCUUCGAGUUGCUCAGCAUAUUGGCGCCUGAUGGUGUCUGUGGGGACCCAGGUGACAGGAGACUGCAGAGGCUGGGAGACCCGCCACGAAGGGCGUAAGCCACUCCAAGGAGUCUGGACUUGAUCCUGAGGCAAUACGGAGACUAAAUGGUUUAGAAGGGGCAGGGAAUAUCCUGAGUAUUGAGCUCUGGUGUGGUUGCUGUGGCUGCCUGAGGCGUGGGGUAGGAAGCUGCAGCGUCUCCUACUUGAGAUGUGAUGAAGCACGUGACCAAGAGUGGCCAUGCGCCAUGGGCUGUGGGUACAGUGGGGGAGAACGGGCAAAUGAGGUGACCUGCUGCCCCAGACUCUCCGUCCUCUUUCCCAGAUUGCCUUUUGGUUUUCAGUCCAGGGCUGGGCCGAGUUCUAGGCCAGAAUGUUAAUUGACUGUGAAAGUCCUUCCCCUCUGUUCUCAAAUCACCCCCCACCCACCGCAGCAGUGAUGGACCUUGUCUAUUCAGAGAACAUGAAGGAAGGGCUUCCCUUGUUCACAGAAAAGAAAUUCCCAUGGUGCAUGCAGAGAAUUCUGAGGGUAGAAUUCCCAGGUGGGCAGAGGUGGCUAGGUUGGUGACCCUAAGUAGGUCUCCUGCCUUUCUUCUCUCUAGUGGGUCAUUCUUUCAUGUGUUAGCUUGCCUGCAGCAUGCUGUGUUUAGACACAAGCCUCUUUCCUUGGUUUCUCUGACCCAGCUGAGAUGGACUGAUUCCAAAGGAACUUACCUAUGUACUGGAGUAGGGGAGGGAGGGUUAUCUGCAGUGUUUAACUGGGAUUCAAAGAGUGCUAUACAGUGAGAAAGGCUGUUUUGUUUUCUCUUGGUAGCAUGCAGCCUCCUAGAAAUUUCUCUCGGCAACUUUCUUCUCUGAAGCACAGAUAAAGAAAGCGGUUACAGUAAAAACAUUUAUGAGAGGCCACAUUGGAGGCUGGUGAAGUUUUUCAAGUUCCAGCAGUGCAGGGAUGUGGGCAGAACUGACACUGGGAAAUACUAGAAUGAUGGAAAUUCAUUUGGAGAGAACUGCCCUUUUUAAUGUCUGGGGAGUUUGCUCAGGGAGAAAUGACAAGUCUGGCAGGGAUGAGCAUGGGAUUUGGUAAGACUUGGAUCAACUUGGGAUACAGCAGUGAGGGGAGGGGGCAGAAUCAAUGAAUGAUGCCAAAGCAGAGCACCCAAAAGGAGGACGCUGACCGGCCCCAGGCAGAGGCCUCUCCCUUAUGCCCGUUUCCAAAGUGCUUGUUAGUGAACACCAGAACACCAUUGUUGUUACUGCUGAAUUUUAUUUUGGGCUGUACAUAUUUAGAUGCUUAAGGUAAAGAUGAUAAAGCUCUCAAGCUCCUGUGUGGCCUCAGUCCAAGAGUUCCUUCCCGCUGCCUCUCUAACAUGCCUGGUUAAAACAAUCCCUUUGUGUGGUGUUGAGACGCACCUGAACCAGACAGGAUCCCCAAAUAACAAUUGCUUUCAAGUGUCUGGUUCCCAGAAGUUGACGACUAGGUGAGGCAUUUUCAGGGAGAGGGGGCUGAUUUCCAGACUGUUGCCUGUUCCUGUAGGGUGGGGCUGAGGCUUGGGGAGUGUGGGCAGGAGGGUAUGCCAUGUGAUUCUGAUGCACACCUUCCUUUUCCUUCUUUCUGUAUGUCUGGUCAUUCUGUUAUCCUGUCGUUCCUCACAUAGGCUGGACACUGGCCGGCUGCCAGUGUAAGGGCCAGCGUGAUUUUGCUGGGGUGUGGGCAGCAGAGAAUCUUUGCUUAUCCCUUUGACCAAGCAUCUCUGCUGCAAAGGCUGGGUAUUAGCUGUGCUCAUCGAGGCGUCAACUCAUGCAAACACUUAGCAGGAAUAGUUCUGGCUAAGGUUAGGAGGCUGCCACCAAAGUCUCUUUUUUGUUCCUCUUCUUCCGUUUGCCUUUUUAUCAUGAGAUCUUUUUGCAGCUGGCAGAAAGAUUGCAUAGUCAGUGCUUCCAGCUCCCCCAAUCCUGCACUGUCAUCUGGUCCUUGAAUAAAUGAAUUCUGAUACCCGAUCUCGUCUUGAGCCUUCUCCAUGCUACUCCUGACUCCUCCUCUGCUCUUUCCAUCUUUUUGCUGAGAGUUCCUGGCUCUGUACUUCCUCUUGGCCCAUCUCACUUCCUGAAACACCCUGAAGAGGGUUGCUUAUCUCGAUGGAACUAAAAAAGCUGAAGAGGCCUUGACGGACUCUGUUUGGGGAACUAGGAGCAGCAGCGCUUUCAGAUUCAGUCCAUGUAGAACUGUCCUCCAAGGUUCUGGGAACUCGAGGACGUGUGGCACUCCAAGGGGCUGGAAGUGAUCCACCUGUGAUGAGCCCUUUCUAAGGAGAGGGGUCACCAAGAGAUCACCCCACCAGAAGAGUAGGAAUGAGUGAGUUGUGAAUUUUAGACUGUCACUGCACAUGGACCUCUGGGAAGACGUCUGGCGAGAGCUACACCCAUUGACCCUACGGACGGAUCUUGCUGGCUCACCUGACCCCGUGGAGGUUCCCCUGGGACGGCAAGAUGUCCAUCAACAGCACUGCUGUGUCAUUGGGCAACAUUACCUACAUCACCAUGGAAAUUUUUAUCGGACUCUGUGCCAUAGUGGGCAAUGUGCUGGUCAUCUGGGUGGUCAAGCUGAACCCCAGCCUGCAGACCACCACCUUCUAUUUCAUUGGCUCCCUAGCCCUGGCUGACAUUGCUGUUGGGAUGCUGGUCAUGCCUUUGGCCAUUGUCAUCAGCCUGGGCAUCACGAUCCACUUCUACAGCUGCCUUUUUAUGACCUGCUUGCUGCUGAUCUUUACCCACGCCUCCAUCAUGUCCUUGCUGGCCAUCGCCGUGGACCGAUACUUGCGGGUCAAGCUUAACGUCAGAUUUGGGAUUCCUGUGCUCCCUGGGUGCAUUCUAUCCAUCCAGUGGAUGGCUUGCCUCCGUCGCGUCAUGUGGCUUGUCAUUCUACUCCCGUUGACUCUCUUUUCAGAUGCCAUGGUCAUGGAUGAAAAGGUCAAGGAAAGCUUUGUGCUGGACACGGCUUCUGCUAUCUGCAGCUACAAUGCCCGCUACAAGGACCACCGCAAAUACUGGUGCCGAGGCUAUUUCCGUGACUACUGCAACAUCAUCGCCUUCUCCCCCAACAGCACCAAUCAUGUGGCCCUGAGGGACACAGGGAACCAGCUCAUUGUCACUAUGUCCUGCCUGGCUAGGGAGGACACAGGCUGGUACUGGUGUGGCAUCCAGCGGGACUUUGCCAGGGAUUACAUGGAUUUUACAGAGCUGAUUGUAACUGACAACAAAGGAACCCUGGCCAAUGACUUUUGGUCUGGGAAAGACCUACCAGGCAACAAAACCAGAAGCUGCAAGGCUCCCAAAGUUGUCCAUGAGGCUGACCACUCCAGGACAUCCAUUCUCAUCAUUUGCAUACUGAUCACGGGUUUGGGAAUCAUCUCUAUAAUCAGUCAUUUGACCAAAAGGAGGAGAAGUCAAAGGAAUAGAAGGAUAGGCAACUCUUUGAAGCCCUUCUCACGUAUCCUGACUCCAAAGAAUACGGCUCCUACUGAACAGAUGUGACUGAAGAUUUCUUUUAUUUAGUUCAUAAAUAAAGUGAUGCUACAACAGAACAGCCCCUAUGACAACUGCCCCACACCUCAGAGACUGAUUCUGGUCUCCCAGGAAUUCUGAAGGACCCUCUAUCCUUGCCAGCAGUCAUUUGCAGCCUGGUAACAACAAUGGUAGUCAGAGGAGCUACGAUAGACCGUGUCCAAGCAAGGCUGCACUCAAAUAACAUCUCAAGAUCUAAGUUCACAUGCAUUCCAUCAGUCAGAAGUGAAGAAGAGGUGAAGAAUUUGCAUCGGGGGGCAUGAAAUCACUUAUUUUUCUUAGCCAAUAAAUUCCUAUCUAGUGUUGAAUGAA